AUGUUAGAUACUGAUACAUUGAGAUCUACAUUCAUAACUUAUUCGACAAUAUAUAAAAAUGCAUUUCGUCCUACUCCUACUAAAGUUUUAGUGAGAAGGGCUGAUAGUAGUAGUGAUAACAAUUCAAGUGCCUCAAAAACAAAAAACACUAAAUGUACAGGUUCUAAACAAGAAUGUGAAUUACCAGCAAAUAAUAAACGUACCACUUCUAUCACGGUAGGUGUUGCUGUUGCUGUUCCCGUUGCAUUUGUCGCUAUUCUAUUAUGCAUAAUCUUAUAUAUAAUCUAUAAGAGAAGUAAAAAAGAGGAACAAGAAGAUAAUGAUCCGGAAUUUGAGGGUGAUUCUGAAUACUUGCCACAACAUAACACGUAUGAAAUUAAUCAUCAGCUUUCUUCAAGUGAUUCAAAUCAAUACAUUACCGAAAAGAAUAAUCAUGCAUUUUAUAAUGACAUGCCUAUGGCUCCACCAAGUGCCGCUAUACAACAAUAUCCACACCCAAUGCCAAACCCAUUUAGUAAUAGAAAUUCUUCGUGGACUACUGAUCCAUUCCAGUUGCCAGAAACUGAGAAUGUGGAAUCUCUAAGAGAAUUUGCUAAACAGGUCCAAAAUGAUGGUUUAGGCGGAUAUCAAUUGGCUUCAAGGAAUGGUAGUCAACUUUCCUUGCAUAAUAGAUCUAUGAAUAUGGAUCAAGCAUCACUUACCUCAGUGAAUAGAAUGUCUAAUAUGCGUGUAAUAACUAAUCAUAGUGGGUCUGCUAAUCCUGUGAUAAUUACAAAUGGUUCCACAAAUGGUCAUAUUGUAUCAACUUUUAAUUCAAAGAACGGAUCACCUUUAAAAGAUGUAUCAUCAAUCAACAAGAAUGAAGAGAAGAAUAAUUUUGUAAAUAUGGAUCCUGAGAAAUUAACAUUUGUACAAAAUGUUCAACCUAUUGAUCAUGAAGAUGAGGAUAAUUUUGAUUUUGAAUACAGAAAUGAUAGGGAUAAUAUUACAAAUGACAACAACAUCAAUAAUAAUCACAAUAACAGUAAUAUCAAUCAAGAAAAACUUAGUGAUAAAAUAGAUGAAAAUAAAUACGAAUAUACUGAUCGACACCGAUUAGACAAUGAAAGAGAAUAUGCUUCAACCUUGCCUUUAUCCUUAGAAGAAGAAAACAUACAAAGGAUGAAGAGUAUUUAUAAAGUCUAUUUAGAUAAAGAUGAGAAUAUCUAUGAACUUACCAAUAAAAAAGUUGAUGAUCAUGAAGAUAUGAAUAAUAUGAAUAUAUCUUCUAACGUAAAUCCACAAGAAUAUAAUAAUAGGGAUUUUUCUAAUAAUCUAACGUCUUCUAUUCAUGAUCUUUCUAACUCAAUAUUGGAAAACCAGAAUGUAAAUAAAUCACAAGUUAAAAUUGAAGGAUACGAUGAACAAGAUGUAGAGCAUAAUAAGGAUAAUGAAUAUAAUGACUUAAAUGAUAACCGUAUUUCCCAUAGAGUUGCAUCUUCUAUAUACUCAGAAAUUCCGUCUUCUGCAUAUAUACCAACCUCAUCACAAUUACCAGUACAGCAACAACAACAAUGCGGAUAUGAUUAUAACUCCAAUAUACCCAUGCAACAACCACAAUUCUAUAACAACUACCCCCCACUACCGAACAUACCUUCACAGUAUGUACAUCCGCAAACAUUAGAAGAGAUAGAUGAAUUACCAAUACCAGCAAAGUUAAUCCAUUCAAAUUCUUCUCAUUCAUUGACUUCAUUCAGACAAGCAUCAAAGUUUCAACAACCACAAUCACAACUACAGUUACCUGGUCUUCAACCAGCUAGAAUAAAUGGAACUGCAGUGAACCCAAUGGAUCAUCCAGAAAUGUUUUAUUCCAACAAUGCUGAUGAAAUAUAUAAUGGACAUUUCCAACAACAACCACAGUAUCCUAAUAAUUCCUCUAUGAGUUUUGUAAGUAAUAAUAGUCAAAUGAGCAACAUUGCAUCACCUUAUCAAAUGAGGAAAUGUAUUGUUAUGACUAACCCGGCAGAGUUACAAGUAUCGACAACUUUUAAGCCAGCUGGAUCAAUAAGAAACCUAGGACCACAACAGCAGCAAGGGGAUCCAUACACUCAACAUAUUCAUUCAAGGGUAAGUGGCAUUUUGGAAAAUAAUGACAUGAUACAACCACCUAGUAUGGGUGGAAUAUUACCACGUAGUGGAUCACAAGAAGAUUUGCGUAAACAGUUAGGCUCAUCCAAUAAUUAUAAUAUUAAAUAA